AUGGUAGCAUCGUCUCUCAUCGGCGCCGCGGCACUGUCGUUGCCAUUGUCGCUUUGGUUCAGAGCAGUGGACAAAUCCGUCUCAUUGCCAUACCUUGAUGAGAUAUUCCAUAUUCCCCAAGCGCAAGUCUACUGCGAUGGCAAGUACGGAGUUUGGGAUCCCAAGAUCACUACUCCGCCAGGCCUUUACCUGCUUUCCGUCAUCGCAAAGCCUCUCCUGGGAUGCAGCACAAUUGCCCUGAGAUCGAUCAAUGUCACUUGCCUCACUGCCUUCCAUAGCGCGUUGAAUGCUGUGCUUUUCCCACCGCUUUUCUUCUUCUCGAGCUUGUACUACACCGAUAUCGCAUCGACAUUGUCGGUCCUGGUAUAUUACAUCGUCUUCUUGCGGAAAUCAGGACGUUCUCAGGCGAGCAUGACUGGCUCCAUCUUGCAGGUGCUCGUCGCUCUAGCCAGUCUGAUGUUUCGACAAACAAACAUCUUCUGGGUCGCCAUAGCACCUCUGCUCCUUGAGGUAGUCUCUCGCAUCGAUCAAGGUCUGCAGGUGGUCCGCGACUCGAUGCACCAGCGUUCCCCUGGGUUCGGUGACACAAUUGCGAGUGUUAUGCGGACCAGCUGGAAGUAUGGAGCCGUGUAUAGCCCUCCUACCGACAAGGUAUAUCUCGAUGAUUACCUUCGAACCAUCCUGUCCAUUGCUGUCUGUGGCGUCAGGGCAGCGCUUCGACCAACACAAUUGGUAUCCUUGAUUUUAUCGGCGAUACCACAUCUCAUUGUCAUCGCUGCGUUCGCGGCAUUCAUCAUCAUCAAUGGUAGCGUGGUACUCGGCGAUAAGACCAAUCACGUCGCCACCUUGAAUCUUCCACAGAUGCUCUACAUCUGGCCAUAUUUCGUAUUUUUCUCAUGGCCUAUGAUUCUGCCACAAUUUCUACGAAUUCCAGUUGAAAUAUCGGCACGAAUGUCCUCGCUUAUGUCGAGACUCCCCUCAGGAUACGAAGUCUCAUUACCUCGACUCGUCACAAUCAUUGCCUUUACUGCACUAGCGUUGGCCGUGGUCCACGUCAACACAGUCGUGCACCCUUUCAUGCUAGCAGACAACCGCCAUUACACAUUCUACAUCUUCAAGCGCUUGUUACGUCCAUGGUGGAUGAGGUAUGCUGCCACACCUCUCUAUGUGAUUAGCGGUUGGGCAUGCAUAGAAAUGCGUGGACCAGCCAUAACCAUCCCCAAGGACACACCCGCAAACCGGACACAGAUGAAGGCAUUAGCCAGGACUACCACUAUAGACAAAAACGCCCCCGCCAUCCAACCUAUACAACUUCCCAACGGCGAGCGACCCGUGACGACAUCGUUCGUCCUGAUAUGGCUUGCGACAACAACACUCCAACUCUGUACAGCGCCACUCUUCGAACCGCGCUAUCUCAUCAUCCCAUGGCUGUUCUGGCGAAUCCAUCUGCCCCUGCAAUCCGAGGUACUGCUGCAAGACACAGCUGCUACUCCUAAGGAGAAGAUCAAAGUAAAGGCUGAUCCUGGCAUCGUCCAAGCCAUUCUCGCAUCAUACGACUGGCGCCUUGUCCUGGAGACGCUCUGGUAUCUCCUCAUCAACGCUGUGACGGGGUACAUUUUUGUUACCUGGACGUUCGAAUGGCCAUUACAGCCGGGCGAGGUGCAGAGGUUCAUGUGGUGA